AACCUCUGAUUGAAAUAAACGAAUUGCGUUCUGGAUUUUUUGGAAAAUUCAUAAGGUCAUUAGAUACAUAAGGAAACACGAGUUACUUGGACGUUCUAAUAAUUGUAAAUUUGUAAUAUGCAGGCAUAGAUGUAACUGUAAGAAGCUGCACGUAUGUCGUAUUGCUUUUAUUUACAACCGGAGUAAUUGAUUUUGUAUUUUUAGAAAUGUCUUAUAAUAUUUUGUUAUGUAUAAAUUAAUAAUUUUAUUAUUUUAAGAAAUCGUGCUCCGAAAGUUUAUAGUAAUAAUGGUGCUCAUUGAAUAAGUAAUUAAUCACGUAAAAUCAUAUUUGAGUCCAUUAACGACGUUAGUGCAGAGUGAUUCACAAGUUUCUCCUCAAAACCGGACUAGUGUAAAAAAUGACACUAUAUGGGACCGAUAUUUAGAUCACGAACUGUAUGUUGCGCGGUGGUUUGCAUAACAAAAGAAGUUUUUAUUUUAUAUGAUUUUCCUUAAUAUUGUAUUUAUAUUUUAUAUGAUUUCUAUAAAAAGUGGUUUGCACAGCGAGUUCAGCUUCAGAGAAGCUCCUACAGCUAUCCUGCUAAGAACAAUAAGGAUUGUAUUCAGCUGGGCUGGUUUUGGAUUUGACGCUAUGACUUUUUUCAAAAUCAUCUGUGUUCCAGCGGUAAUCAGUACCAUGGUUGUUACAUUGGCGACAGCGUGGUCCGGUCAAUUUCCACAGUUUUACCAAACUUUUCCUUCACGGACGGCACCACCGAUAGCAUUUAGACCACUAUUUCAAGAACCGUUUCAACCGCAACGAUAUUUUGUGCACCAACCACAGUUUCGGCAGCCGUUGGAGCAAUACCAAACACAGUUUCGGCAGCCGUUGGAGCAGUACCAAACACAGUUUCGUCAGCCGUUGGAGCAGUACCAACCACCAACUCCACCGCCGACUGUGAUACGGCCAAAUAUGCAAUCCUCACGUGUCUUACCUACCGCUCCAUCGGUGUCAAACCAAGUGACCACCGCGACUGGUGUUCAUCAUCACGUGUACUAUUAUUAUUUUUAUUUGCCAUUAAAAGGCGAGACUCCAAUGACCGGCCGAAGAGGUGAAGACGAUGCUCGAGUGACACGACAGCCAUGCGACGACCAUCAUCCCAUCACGACUGCUGAAUGUCCCCCGGUAUACCUCCCACCACCACCACCUCCACCAUCACCAACACCACCGACAUCGACAACUACUCAGACUCCAACUCCUACCGUAUCGGUGCCUCCACAGUCGCAAGGUCCUUGUAACGAUGAUACUGUAGUCGUAGACAGCGUGGACUAUUAUCCUUUCAGAAGAAUGCCAAUAGUAGUAGCUCCAGCAAACGGCGUCCGAGAUGGUUCCGAAAACGUAAGUCGGGACAGCUCAGAUCAAAAGCACAUGCUUAACACCCAGCCCAACUUCAUUUUGGCCAACUAUUUGCUGCCACCGGACAAAUAAUAUCGGUAUCGGAAUAUCCCAAAAUCACAGGAUAUUGAACUUGUACAUAUUAUAAUAUAUCAAUACAAUAUUAUAUACGACAUACGUACAUACUACAUAAUAAUAAUCAUUAUUUUGUACCCUGUAUCAUUUUGUGUUAAUUAUUAUUACUCUGGUCUUGUGCAACAGUAUUAGAAUUCGAAAUUAUCUAAUAAUGCUGUGUAAAUAGUAAAUACGUUAAUUCAUAUAAACAUUUUAAAACAAUUUAAUCAAUU